AGUGUUUAUUAUUUAUUUGUGUACUUUGAUGGAAUCUUCCUUGUUAUUAAUAUUAAACCAUGGACCUAGGCAUAUUAUUUUAUAUACCAAAUAUAAUUGGUUAUGUUCGUAUCAUGCUGGCUGCAGGAGCCUUCAUAAACUAUGAUAAUCCUGGAACAUUUGUUGUUUUGUAUACAACUUCAAUAGCACUGGAUGGAAUUGAUGGCUACUGUGCUCGCAAGUUUAACCAAUGCUCAAAAUUUGGUGCUUGGUUGGAUGUUGUUGUUGAUCUCUUCUCUAGGGGCUAUUUAUGGUGUGCUCUGUUUAGAAAUGGGUAUUUGAUUGUAUUUUUGGAAUGGGUGACUUUUGUCUCAACACAUUACAGAGGGGAAAACUGGAGAACAACUGAGGAAAAUUUUCCUUAUUUGGUUAAAAAAGUAAUGGAUAAAGGUUUUAAAACACCUUUAGGCUUUUUGGCAGUAGGAAGUCUUCACAUAUUGCCACUUUGGCUGUACGGGUGCACAUACCACGUGUUGACACACUGGCUUGGCUGGUCAGUUUAUGUGCAAUAUGGAGUCAUGGUUCUCCUGACUCUCGGAAGGCUGCUAUGUGCAAUAGUAGAGCUCUUUUAUGUGAAAGAAUACAUUAUUUAUUUGAUAUCCAACAACGUUGAUGCAAAGGUCAAAACUUCUUGAGCACAAUUUAAAUCUCAUCAAUCCAAAUAGGGGGUUUUCAAUGUAUUAAUUUUGUAAUAUUAGUGAAUGUGAUUAAGUGGGCAGAUUUUUUUAGCAUGACAUUUUGGCUGAUUUUUUUAUCAUGACAUUUUUAUGGAUGUUGAAAAAUCCAAUUUUCAUCCUCUUGUUAUAUUUUUUGUAUUAUAGAGCAGUGCUUUCAAUCUUGUAUCAAAAGUAUUUACAUAUCUGCACAUUAAAUCAAUAAUUUACAGCAGUUGAAAUUUCAUAUGGUGGUAUUUUUACAUAUAUAUUUCACAGUUAACAUUUUUUUUCAUCACCAGUUGUUAUUUUUUAAAAUUCACCCCCAGCUUACAGUUUGAUUUGCUAUAUGUGUGUAAUGGUUGUAGUUUCAACCUUGAGUAAUUACACAUCUUCUACCAUCCAAUGCUAAGGAUAAGAGGGUUUUGUUAAAAUUUUGUUAUAUUAUACAAUUUUUUCUGAGCAUUGUUAAAAUAAUCUCUGGGAGCUUAUGUUUGUGUUAAAUUCAAGUCACUGUAUGAUAUAUUGUGAUAUUUUGUGUUUAAAAUGUUUUUUGGAAAUAAUUUCUCAAAACAUAUUUUAAGCUAAAAUUGUUUUUUGUCUUGGGGUUUCUAUACAGCACUUUGAUAUUUUUAGUAUUUAUUAAUUAUCUAAUUUUUUUUGAAGCACAUAAUCUUUUGUAGCCUACAUACAAUGAAAUUUUCAUGUUCUAUUAAUGUGAUUCAACUCAUUUUCUACACAUGACAUACGUUUUCAAAACCUCCAUGACUUUUUUGUUUUAUUAUCAUUUGUUAAUCCAGAAAUUCAUGACAUAUUCUGAUGCAGUGAGUGAGAAGAGUCGAGCGUUUCAGACUAAGUAGAUCACAUAAAUUGUGUGUUAGCUGUACCUAGUAGGGUGUACAUCAUCAUCAUUUUUCCUCCUUUUCGUUCCUUGUGGAACAUUGGGCCUCUGUAAAAGCUUUCCACUCCCCAUUAUUUCCUGUCACUCUCUUCAACUGUUCGCAUUUCCUUUCUAUUCUUUCUGCCUUUUCCAGCCAGCUUUCUUGUCAAUUUGGGUGUACAAAGGUAAAUUUUAAAAAAGAUUAAGCUUAUCAGAUCUCAAGUACAUAAAAUUGCUCAAAAAUUAUUUUUUACAACAUUCUACAGUAUUUUUAAUGUUUUGUUAUCAUGUCACUCAAAACCUUAUACUAAAAUUAACUUAUCAAAUGUUCUUGACCAUAGAGUUGAAGUAUUUUUGUCCAGAUUCUCAAUGGUUUGUGUUAGACUAGCACUAAAAUAAAAAUUAACCCUUGUGUAUUCGAAAUACUCAAUAAUGUGGUGCAUAUUUUCAUUGUUUUGUAAGAUUUUAUCUUAAUUUAAGUAUGGAAUAUUUAUGGUGCAUUAAUGUAAAAGAAUUAUGCAUAGUUGUUAAAAACUGGAAUGCAUUUAUUGACAAAAUAUAGACAUUUCUUUUUAAGUUUUUUUGUCGUUAUAUUUCUACUAGGAAUUUUUUUUUAUAAAGGUCUAAAAGACACAAACUUAUUGACUACACUGACAACAAAUGUUAACUCAGGACGGCAAUGUUAACUUUUCAUUUUUUAUAUUAAUAUUGACCUUGUUAACUGAAGAUUUCAUUGUCAACUGUUAAUUUUAUAUUGUUUUCAAAUUUUGUAAAACAGGUUUAAUGUAGUUAUUUUACAUAAAAACAAUACCAAGAUAAAUUUUUUAGACUGAUUAUUAACACCCAGUAUUUGUUUUAAACAAAACAAUUAAAAGAAUUAGUUUUGUUUUCUACAAUGCUAUUUUUUUUCACUUUUUAAUCAAACAUAUUUAAAAUGUUAAUUAUUUUUUAAGUUUACCACAGAUCACGCUGGUCAAUGCUGAACUUUUUGUGGUUUCAACAGUAGCCAGAUUUUAUUUCUUUGUUAUAAAAUAGAAGUUUAAUGUGUCCAGGUAUUGACACUGGUCCAGAUAUUUUGAAUUAUUUUUUUAAAUUUUAGAAGCCAUUUUAUUAGAUUUAUACGAACAUUCUAUUUAAGAAGCCACAUUGUUAUAGAUGUAUGAUAGUUGUGAUACAUUAAUUAGUAGUGACUAAAUUAAAGCUAAUAUUAGAUGUACAUUUUAACAAUGCUUUCUUAGCACAAACAGUUAUUUCACAAUUGCUUAAGUCAAAGUUCAGAGAAUUUGUUAGUAGUUAAGAUGUGUAGGUAACACAUGCUUCUGAAUAUAAAAAAAACAAUCAGAAAAAAAAGGUUUAUUAAAUUUUGUUUUAUUUUUCUCACUUCAUAAAUAUUAAAUAAUUACUUUGUUGAUUUCGAUAAAUACCUGAUAAAUCAUUUAAGGGAAUGUAUAUGUGAUUCUGUACCCACAGUUUUGCAGGUGAUAUUGUUACUGUUUUCAGAAACAGAAGAACUAAUUAUCUUUCGUCUCAAAUGACCAACAAACCUAGUUUGGCUCUUAACUUUCCUUCCUUACUUUUUAUAAAAACAAAAGUUGUUCCGACUUUUGCAUUCAAAAUUAUUUUAGAAAAAGUAUGCAUGGAUUUGAAUAUAGUUUUAAAGAAUGUCUUUCUUGUAUAAAAAAUACUCAUGUGUUAUAUGUUUGUAAUAUUUACAUUUGUGGUUUUCUUGCAUGAGUGAACUAGUAUUACAUUCCGGUGAACUAUGUUGUAGCUCAAUCUAAUGAUCACAGAUUUCAGUCAAAAUAUUUCAUUUACAUUUAGUUGCACAUUUAAUUUUUUUUUAAUUUAUAAGUUUUCAUGUAAAAAUUAUUUACACAAGUAAA